UGUUGAUGUCGCCUCAAGCGGACCUCAAGUCAGCGGCUGCGGAAAGUAAGAGUUAGCUAGUUGGUUAUUAAAGGUUGAGGGUUAACGAUUAGCGGCUUGGUGUUCUUCAGACGGACCCCAGGGCUGUUUUUGAGAUUGGCCCUUUACAAGAUGGCUCCGACUAAUGCCAUUAAAUAUUCUUCAGAAGAAAGAUGCCGAUGUCCAUUAGAGUCCGAACUGCGAGCAGUGCUGCAGCAAAGGAUCAUGGUCCUGGACGGUGGUAUGGGAACCAUGAUCCAGCAGCAUAAACUUGAAGAGAAAGAUUUCAGGGGGGAUGAGUUUAAAGAGCACCCUCUUUCGCUGCAGGGUAACAACGACCUUCUCAGUAUCACCCAGCCCAAUGUCAUUUACUCAAUACAUAAGGACUACCUCCUGGCUGGUGCUGACAUCGUGGAGACCAACACGUUUAGCAGCACCUCUGUCGCCCAGGCGGACUAUGGCCUGGAACACAUGGCUUAUCGUCUCAACAAGGCAUCUGCCGAGCUGGCGAGGAGGGCAGCCGACGAUGUCACCAAACAAACUGGUUUUAAGCGUUAUGUGGCCGGGGCAGUGGGUCCAACCAAUAAGACCCUGUCUGUAUCCCCGUCUGUGGAGAGACCUGACUUCAGGAACAUCACAUUUGAUGAGCUCGUAGAAUCCUACACAGAGCAGGUCAGAGGUUUAUUAGAUGGAGGAGCAGACCUCCUUCUGGUUGAAACCAUCUUUGAUACUGCCAACGCUAAGGCUGCCUUGUUUGCCAUCGACCUGCUGUUUGAGAAGAGCUACGAAAGGAAACCUAUAUUUAUCUCAGGGACCAUUGUUGACCGGAGUGGACGUACUCUAUCUGGUCAGACAGGAGAAGCCUUUGUACUGAGUGUAUCCCACAUGAACCCUCUAUGCAUUGGUCUGAACUGUGCCUUGGGGGCGACAGAGAUGAGGCCGUUUAUUGAGGCCAUAGGAAAAAGCACCACAGCUUUCAUCAUCUGUUAUCCCAAUGCAGGUCUUCCAAACACAUUCGGAGGGUAUGACGAAACCCCAGAAGUAACAGCCUUCAAUUUAAAGGAGUUUGCUAUGGACGGACUAGUGAAUAUUGUGGGAGGCUGUUGCGGCACCACACCCGGACACAUCAGGGCCAUAUCUGAAGCAGUCAAACACUGUCAGCCCAGAGUUCCUGAAGCUGAUAUUUAUCAAGACUACAUGCUGCUGUCAGGUUUAGAGCCCUUCAGGAUUGGCCCUUACACCAACUUUGUUAACAUUGGCGAGCGCUGCAACGUGGCUGGGUCACGCAAGUUUGCCAAGCUGAUCAUGGCAGGAAACUAUGAGGAGGCUCUAAGCAUUGCUAAGGCCCAGGUGGAGAUGGGAGCCCAGGUCCUGGAUAUAAACAUGGAUGAGGGGAUGCUUGAGGGGCCAGCAGCUAUGACCCGAUUUUGUAACUUAAUCUCUUCUGAGCCAGACAUCGCACGGGUUCCACUGUGCAUCGACUCCUCAAACUUCUCAGUGAUUGAGGCUGGGUUGAAAUGCUGUCAGGGGAAAUGUAUAGUCAACAGUAUCAGCCUAAAGGAAGGAGAGGAGGAGUUCCUGCACAGGGCUGCCACUGUGAAACGCUACGGAGCUGCUGUGGUGGUCAUGGCCUUUGAUGAGGAGGGUCAGGCAACAGAUACAGAACGCAAAGUGGAGAUCUGCACUCGGGCCUACAAGCUGCUGGUUGGCAAAGUGGGAUUUGACCCCAACGAUAUCAUCUUUGACCCCAACAUCCUCACCAUCGGUACCGGCAUGGAGGAACACAACGACUACGCCAUCUACUUCAUCAGAGCCACCAAACUCAUCAAGGAGACAUUACCAGGAGCCAGGGUGAGUGGAGGUCUGUCCAACCUGUCCUUCUCCUUCAGAGGGAUGGAGGCCAUCAGAGAAGCUAUGCAUGGAGCAUUUCUCUACCACGCUAUCAAGGAUGGUAUGGAUAUGGGGAUAGUGAAUGCUGGGAACCUGCCGGUCUAUGACGACAUAGAUAAAGAGCUGCUGUUACUGUGUGAAAAUCUCAUCUGGAACAGAGACGUGGAUGCUACUGAGAAACUACUGGCCUACGCACAGAACAAUGUGAAAGGAGCGAAGAAGGUGGUUCAGACGGACGAAUGGAGAGAAGGAAACGUGGAAGAAAGGUUGGAGUACGCUCUCAUUAAGGGAAUAGAGAAGUAUGUGGUGGAGGAUGUGGAGGAGUGUCAGGCUCUGGUUGACCGCUACACUCGACCCCUUCACAUCAUCGAGGGCCCCCUGAUGAACGGCAUGAAGGUGGUGGGGGAUCUCUUUGGUGCUGGGAAGAUGUUCCUUCCACAGGUGAUCAAGUCAGCUCGUGUUAUGAAGAAAGCGGUGGGCCAUCUGAUUCCUUUCAUGGAGAAGGAGAGGGAGGAGAUGAUGGCAUUGUCAGGGUCAACUGAAGAAACGAGUCCAUUUCGGGCCACCAUCCUUCUGGCUACAGUGAAGGGAGAUGUCCAUGACAUUGGCAAGAACAUCGUAGGUGUGGUGCUGGGUUGCAACAACUUCAGAGUGAUCGACAUGGGUGUGAUGGUUCCCUGUGAUCAGAUCCUCAGAGAGGCCGUCAAACAGAAAGCAGAUAUUAUUGGUUUGUCUGGUCUCAUCACCCCCUCUUUGGACGAGAUGAUCUAUGUGGCCAAAGAGAUGGAGAGACUGGGAAUUACAACGCCACUGCUGAUUGGAGGAGCCACCACGUCAAAGACACAUACAGCAGUGAAGAUCGCCCCACGCUACAGUUGUCCUGCUGUCCAUGUUCUGGACGCCUCCAGGAGUGUGGUGGUGUGCACACAGCUCCUGGAUGAGGAAUUGAGGGAGGAGUACUUUGAGGACCUGAAAGAGGAGUAUGAGGAGAUCAGGCAGGAUCACUACGACUCCCUGAAGGAUCGCCGGUAUCUGUCUCUCUCCCAGGCCAGAGGGAAGGCUCUACAUAUAGAUUGGCUCUCUGAGCCCAGACCAGUGUGUCCUCAGUUCCUGGGCACCCGCGUGUUUGAGUGCUACGACCUGAACAGUCUGCUGGACUACAUUGACUGGAAGCCUUUCUUCGAUGUGUGGCAGCUGAGAGGAAAAUACCCCAACAGAGGUUACCCUAAGAUCUUCAACGACCAGACUGUUGGUGCGGAGGCCCGGCGAGUCUUUGAUGAGGCCCAGCGGCUGCUCAACCAGAUGAUUGACAGUGGUAGUCUUAAGGGGCGGGGCCUGGUGGGGUUCUGGCCUGCCCAGAGUGAUGGCGAUGACAUCAGUGUGUACAAAGAUGAAGUCGCAGUACACCGGGACACCCAGCCCAUCGCUACAUUUCAUGGCUUACGACAACAGGCGGAGAAGGACAGCUCCAGUUCAGAGCCCUACCUGUGUGUGUCUGACUUUGUUGCCCCUGUAGCCAGUGGCGUGCCAGACUACAUCGGCGUGUUUGCUGUGGGGGUGUUCGGGGCGGAAGCGCUGAGUCAGCGGUUCCAGGAUCAGGGAGACGACUACAGCAGCAUCAUGGUCAAAGCCCUGGCUGACCGACUGGCUGAGGCCUUUGCUGAGGAGCUCCAUGUUCGUGUGCGUAAGGAGCUGUGGGGCUACAGCACCGACGAGGCUCUGCAGGCCUCGGACCUCCACAGAAUCCGAUACCAGGGCAUCAGGCCUGCAGCUGGCUACCCCAGCCAGCCUGACCACACAGAGAAGACCACCAUGUGGAGCCUUGCUGGGAUCCAGGAGAAGACUGGUGAGAGCGCCAGCCAUUUCAUUACAGUCAGCCCCGCUCCUGGUGUCCCUGGACUUUACUUCCCACCCUCGCCUCAUACUUCGCUUGGGAAAAUCAACCAAGGGCAGGUGGAGGACUAUGCCCGGAGGAAAGACAUGUGUGUGGAGGAGGUGGAGCGAUGGCUGGCUCCCAUCUUGGGCUAUGACAACGAGGCGUAGAGUGUGACCACCCCGGCACUAAACUGGACCACCUGAGGGAUCAGAGCAGGGCGCAGUACUGCCACAGAAUCAGGUUUACAGUCCGACCAUUUCUCUGCAGCUCACACAGGUUCUUACUGUGCCUGCUCGGACAGGGAUUCCCUGACAUUACAUAGUAUAUCACACUAGGUCUUACCUUUUCUCUCAACAUUUCUACUGGACAUUUCAUAACAAUAAAACAGUGUUUUUUUUCUUGUUAGCUCUCUGUGCCAAAGGUUUAUGACCGACUUUAAAACUCUACAGAUCCACACACAUUGUAUGUUAUGGUAAAAUGAUCUCUUAAAUGAAUGCCAAGUUUCUAUCAGGUCUACAAAUGGAGUGAAAUACUACUCAAGUUACAUGACCGUCACAUUUGUCUUCAGUAGUGCUAUGAUCCCGAUUAUUUUGCUCAAUAUUGAGAUGAUUAUUAUUUCAGCACUCGUACCUGGGCUGAGUAUCUGUCCAAGUCAGUCUAAGUCAUGUGCCAACAUGAUUACUGGCUUAGUGUUUGCUUAUUAUUAAAACAGUUUUAAAAGAUUCAUGUCUCAUUUACUAAAAGGGGUAACACAUCGGUGUUUAUGGUUAGUUUAUCUUAAAGGAAUAUUUCAGCAUUUUAGAAAACAUGCUGCUUUCCUGUAUUUCCAAGUGGGAAACGAGAAGAUUAAUAUUGGUCUCAUGUCUGUGUGUUAGUACGGAGCUUGAGUCAGGACGUGGUUAGCAUAGCUUAGCAUAAAGACUAUAAUUAGGUGAAAACAGCUAACCUGGUUAAAAAAAAAAACGAUGUGCAUAAGCCUCGGCCUGAAGCCGCUGCGCUGUUUUGAUGUGGUGCUGCGGGGAGAAGCCUCUCUCUGCUGGCACACUGGAGACGGGUUUUACGCAUGCUACCUUGGCCAGUUUGACCCGGUACUGUUGAGAAAGUCAAGCCUCCAUAACUGCGGGGAGCUGUCAUCACUCGCUGUCAACUGCUUGGCUUUAUUUGCGUUAGCCCGGCCGCUGCUCGGUGUUAUGACGUAAUUCACAAUAUUUCCCUGUUUGGCCAGGACUUGGGCUUUGACUUCCGCAUGCUUGUCGGCAUUUUUUUGUAAAUCUACGCUGGUCUUCUACAUUCAAUCAGAGCGAGAAUAUGCAUGUGCUACAGUCUAGUCCUUUCUAAAUGAAAGAAUUUGUGCUUUAAUGCUUUAAUUGACUGUCCAUCUCUGGGGCUGUCAACGCUGUGUCUCAGCCAAAAAGUGGAGGGACCGAGCAGUGGCCGCCGGCUAAUGCUAGUUAGCUAGCUAUCCAUGUGGACAGAUUGGUAAACUGUACAGACAGUAGAGUUUAAUAUUUUCUCCCUCUGAGCUUCAGGACAAUGACAACAAGAGGGAGUUAAACCACCUUCUAACAUUAUUUAACAUUAGGAAACUGAUGGGAUAUCAAAAAUACGCUUUUUCUUGAGUUGUUCCUCACAACGGGUUUAUCUUUUCUUUUACUCCUUUCCCUUCUCCCAGUCUUUGUUCUAUUUCUUCCCGUAUUUCGCCCACUUUAUCCCGGACAUUUAUUCUUUCAAAAAGUCUUCUACAGUCCAGUCACCAUCAGUCGCUACUCGCGCAUUUUCCUAAUCAGAAAAAAAACAGACUGCCCUGCUCUGCCUCUGAUUGGCUAGUAACUUGUUGGCCUCUGGGUCAGAACCAAUUAGAAGCAGGAAAGUGGGCAGGGAAAAACUCUGCGGUCUCCAUUGUGUAUGGGGAAUAGGGGAGGGAGGGAACGGGCAAGAGUUUAAAUGACAUUUAGAAAAUAUCUGCUUGACAACUUAUUAUGGAGCUGGGAAUAAGCCCAAAUAAGCAACUACACUUUAGUAACAAGCACAAAAAAACUGCAACCCGCUACUACCUAUAUUUGUAAGCAACUUUACAGAAAAACAAGCCCAAAGUUGCAUAUAAUAAGCGGACUUGGCAACACUGGGGGAGACCUGGCGUAACCCGGUAAUUUAGGUUAGGUUAUUUAGGUUUGAAACAGUAAACUUGGCAACCUUACAAACAAAUACAAAGUCCCUGCACCUGCCUGUGACUUUGUAUUUUUUAGUGAGCUUUGAACAGAACCAGGCUAGCUGUUCCCUCUGCUUCCAGUCUUUAUGCUAAGCUAAGCUAAACACGUCCUGACUGUGUACUUUAACAAACAGACAUAAGAUUGAUAUCAAUUUUCCAUCUCAUUCUUACAAAGAAAGUGAAUACGUAUAUGUUGCAAUUUUCCUUCAAUGCAAACAGCUUUAGAAGAACUUGGCUUCAGUUUUUAUUUUUCUUUAUUACAUUUUUUUUUGGCCCUGGGACGCGUCUCAGUGUGUUGUUUGUGGUUUGUUUGUCACGGUUUGGGUUUCUUAAAUAUCUAAAAAUAGUUUAAAAAAAUGUAAUCACCAUAAAAAACUUUGCUUCAGGAAAAAUAAAACGACCAAUUAAGAUUAAAAUCAGGAAAUAUCUGAUCAAGGAAUCAGUAAUAAACCCUAAUAAAUCUGUUCCUACAUAAGUGACAAAUGUCAAUACGUGACAGUUUUAAAUUAACCUUUUAAAUACUUGGUAGUACAGACUAAUUCAUUUGCGCUCAAAAUGUAUUGACGUAAACAGUCAAAAUCUAUUUAGUUUUUUUCUUCUAAAACUCAUUUUUUUGCUUUUGUGUAAAGGUUUGGACAUCAGGAACAUUUGCAUGAAGGCGGGAGUGUACACGUUGCAUAGUGGCUCAUUACUGGAUUUACUAAAAAGUGUUGGAAAUUUUAGUGUAAAUGAAAAUGUAAACAAUAAAACAGGAGACAAAUCAUUUUUAUAAGCCUUUAAAAGAGUAACUUACCACCCCCUGAAAAUAUAGUCGUUGCUCACCUUUGAGGUUGUACAGGUGUACUCCAGGACCCUGGGGCAUCCCUAUUGGGUGUGUUGAUAAUGAAUUGCAUGGGGUGACCUCUAGCUCACCCAGUUAGAGCGUGCACCCCAUGUCAUCCCCCAUCUCUCUCCCACCUUUCCUGUCUAUCCACUGUCACUCUGAAAUAAAGGGAAAAAAAGAAGAAAAAAAUAUGAAUUGCAUUUAUAAUGAAUUAAUUCACAUAUAGGUCAGAGGCUAAAUAGCAACUAUUUUAAUUUGAUAAAUAAUCAUGUUAUUAGUUUGUACUUUCAAUACAAGUACAUUUUAGCCUCCAGGCAUCUAAACAUACAACAAGAACUCAAUGAUUCCAACAUUUUAACAUAUGUUUCUUGUUUCACCUUCAUAUGGUGUUCUGUGAAACUUCAAGAGAUUAGUUAAUUAUUUGAAUCCAAGGUUUCAGUGUUUUAUUGUUUGACGUUUUAUAAAUGCGUCUUCCAAAUGUCGUUGCAUCGACCUAAGAAUGUGAGAAAUAAAGUAGGACACGUGUAUAGACUUUUAUAUUAUAACAGUAUGCAUAUUCAACUGUUUCAAAAGUAUUCAAUCACAUAUUUUUUUUCUACCUUAUGCAGUUUUCAUUUGAGUGAGGAACAAAGCAGUAGUAAUGACUACACAGUCAGAAUGCUAUAAAAA